UCGUAGAAUUAACUCUCGACUGGGGGAACCGGUGGAACCCAAAGCCAAUAAUGGCGGGCUCUCCCCACUCCCAAACCGCAAGCUCACCCCACUCCCCACAUUCCCACGCCUCGUCGCAGAUGGCGCCGUCGGUGCCGAGGAAGCGCAGGGUGAACCGCCCGGAGAACGAGGAGGUGGCGGCCUGGCUCUUCUUGAAGCACCGGUCCAUGGCGGAGCAGCAGCCGGGCGGCCUCCCGGAGCACCAGGGCCACGCGCUCUCCACCGCCUACCGCUGCGUCUGCGCCACCAACGUGCCCAUCCGGACCUUCGGCGACCUGGCCCGUCUCAGGGGAGUUGAAGGUUGGGUUGUUGAUGUUAUGGAAGACUCCUUUCCAGGAUGCAGCCUUGAUUUGUCUCCUCUGAGAAGUAAUACACCAGGAGAAACGGGGAAGAAGAACACACGAAACAAACCUUAUGUUCCACGGUUGAAAUCAGCUGCUUAUGCAAUAAUGAUCACACUCUACAGGGCAACAUUUAAUCAGAGGAAAAGGGAAAGGACCCCAAACAACAGUAGGAAUUCUCGGAAUGAUGGUUACAGUUACACUGGAUGGAAUAGCAUGAAGACGUUAACAACUAAGGAUCUGGUUGAGAAAAAGAGUAAUCCUGCAAAGAAGUUUGAUACAGUGCAGCAGUAUUACCUAACAGAAAAAGGCAAAGAGACAGCUCGCGAUUGUCUUGCACGGUCUGGAUUGGAUGGUCCUGCAGGACCUUUAACGGCGGCCGGUCAUCCUGCAGUUGUGCUCAGCGAUUCAGAUUCUGAUGAAUACGACGGCAGCAGUCCCCUGAUAGGUAUUAACAAAGGUUCUGAAAGAAGUGGACUUCCAAACUCAAAAGCAGGCAGUUCCAGUUCCUUUGGUAUCAUUAAUGGCAUUUUUUCAGACAAUGGCUGUGCUACUAAUUCUCCUCUUUCAUCUCGAGAAAUGUUUGGACAGCAAUCAUUUAGUGCAAUGGUACACUUUACUUUCCCUUUCCGUACCUUUCUUUUUCAAAUGGAACAUAAUGCAACAUUUUGGCCCCGUUCCAGAAGAAAAGUUGUUGAUAAUAUACGCUCACAGUUUAAUAUUCCCGUAGAGAUUAAACACUUGCCUGUUGGAGAUGCUCUUUGGAUUGCUCGCCAUAAAGAACUUGACACGGAUUAUGUUCUUGAUUUCAUUGUUGAAAGGGAAAAUGUGGAUGAUUUACUUGGCUCAAUUAAAGACAACAGAUACAAAGAUCAAAAACUAAGACUGAAGAAAUGUGGGCUAAGGAAGCUAAUAUAUCUAGUUGAAGGGGAUGUAAACACUGUAGAUGGAUCAGAGAGCGUUAAAACAGCCUGCUUCACUACUGAGGUUCUUGAAGGAUUUGAUGUCCAAAGAACCACUGGGUAUGCUGACACUGAAAAGAAAUACGGCCACCUCACGGGCUCUAUAAUUGAUUACUACAGCAGAAACUUCUCUGCUGGUGCUGAUACCUCUCGACUUUGCGUGACCUACGACGAGUUUGUGAAGAGGUGUUCUGACCUUGAGAAGGUCACUAUGAGCGAUAUAUUCGCCCUUCAGCUUAUGCAGGUGCCACAAGUGACAGAAGAAGCUGCUCUUGCUGUCACGAGUCUCUACCCCACUCUUCUCUCGCUUGCUAAGGCGUACACCAUGCUUGAUGGCGAUAGGCGUGCCCAGGAGGAGAUGCUGAAGAAAAAGAGCGACAUGGUCAACACGGGGGCUAGCAAGAACAUCUUCAAGCUCAUCUGGGCGGAAGGAUGA